ACGGACGCCCGCGCGUCUAAAACUAUAGACUACUUAAGUUUUGUGUCUGUGUGUGAUUGUGUUUUUGUGUUUCAUCCUAUCUAGUUGGAUAAUGCAUUCGCGGUAACAGCUCAGACAAUGCACUAGCAACCAUGGAUCUCCACGCACCCUUGGUCGUUCAUGGCUACGAGCACGCUCCUCUAUUGGAGGUGGAGGGCAUUGAUCCGCACAGCCCUCAGCAGAAGGUGUUAAUACACCAACCCAUUCAGAGCCAGGAGCUCAUGAGCACGGAUCACAGGAAUGGAGAGUACGACUUUUCAGAUGAGCAGUAUCACGCGCACAGCAGCAACCAAAGCGGAGAUGGUCAUGGAGGCGUGAACCAACUAGGCGGCGUGUUUGUAAACGGGCGGCCGUUGCCCGACGUUGUACGACAGCGGAUAGUCGAGCUGGCACACAGUGGCGUUCGGCCUUGCGAUAUCAGUCGGCAACUCCGAGUAUCGCAUGGAUGUGUCUCAAAGAUACUUUCUAGGUACUAUGAAACGGGUAGCUUCAAGGCCGGUGUGAUUGGCGGUUCGAAGCCGAAAGUGGCUACACCACCCGUAGUCGAUGCUAUUGCUGCAUACAAGAGAGAAAACCCUACUAUGUUCGCGUGGGAAAUUCGUGAUAGACUUCUCAGUGAGGGCAUAUGCAGUCAGGACAACGUGCCCAGUGUUUCAAGUAUUAAUAGAAUUGUUCGCAAUAAAGCAGCAGAAAAGGCGAAGCAUGCGCACAAUCAGCAGCAACAACAGCAACAAGAGCAAGAAAUUACUUCUGCUCAAGGAAGUGUUGUUUCUGUGAUAACCCAUGCUGGUAACGCGGGAACAACAGCAGUUCUAUCACCAACAACAGAACAACACGUAACCAACACUGGCAGCUACAGUAUCAACGGUAUACUUGGCAUUGAGCAGGUGGAAAGUCUGCAUAAUGGCAACGGACUGAAGAGAAAGAGGCACGAAGACCAGGAUGAGAACAGAGACUUCAACAGCCAUUCGGAGGAUGACGUGAAGAGACAGAGAAGUCACUAUAAUGGAGAUCAAAUCUACUCUAAUCUAUGGUCAUCAUCAAAAUGGAGCUUAAAAGACGAAUAUAAGUUACUAUCGGAGCUAGGAGGAAGUACGGGUUACUACGGCGAGCUAUUCGAAGCGCCCUACGAACAUCCUGCGCACCCGCACUAUGCGUCACACUCCGCAGCGACAAAUGACUCGACGGGCUCAGCAGCGGGGCCGGGCGAGCCGCCCUCAGCCGCAGGCAGCCCUGACGCCGCCGCCCUUGUUGUGCUACAGCCGCCCGCUCCGCCUUAUCCGCCCUAUGCUCACUAUGACGGCACAGCUACACUAGCCAGCGAGUAUGCUUACGCUGCCCCCUACUCGCAAUAUUCCCCUUACGGUGGACCCUACUCGCAUUCCGCCGCUACGGGUCUACUCUCCAAGUGAUAUCAACGGACGCCGUGUCAGCAGUAGCUGUCGGCGAACAACAACGAAGCAAAGUGAUAUGGACACUAACUAACGUUAUUGUGACAAUUUUAGUUAAUUAAAACCUUAUCCAUUCCUUUAGAACUCAUUUAUAUAGACAAAUAAUGUGUACAAUUCAUUUUUAUUAGUUUAUUAAUUAUUUAAACACAGAUCGGAGCACCUGAGAUGAUGAAAAAUGCGGUAAUUUAUUAUUAUGACAGACUUACCUUGGGCCUAAUAAAGUCUAUUAAGCUCUAAUGUUUUUUUUUUCAAGUAAUCGUGGACCAUUUUUGUGUAUAGUUUUAAAGUUUUUGCCAAAUAUCCUACAAAAUUCAAACUUGUUAGAUAUCAAAAAUAUUUUUUUAACUCAAGGAAUUUGUGAAACCGCUCGUUUUUCAUCAGUCCCUACUGUUCUUAUUAGUGUGGUAGCUUCUAAUUGCUUUUCAAUGUCUAUAGAUUUAACAUAUACUCAUUAUUUUUAGUUUAUCUAUGAGAGAGCCAAAGUUAUCGUUGCGAAUGUAAAUAAAUGAAAAUAAAUGUAAUUUCAUUUUAUUUUAACUAUUAUUUACCUCAAAGUCUUCAAUGCUGUCUAGCACAAGUUACUGUUCAUAAGUUAACUUAUUUUAUAAUUGUUAUAUUAUUAAGUAUUUGCUGUGUUUUAUAAAUUGGCUAAGGAAACCUAUAUUUUAUAUUAUUUCAUAUCAAUAAAAGUUUUUUAAUAUUUCAGAGAAAUUUCUUAGCCAAACAAACAUCGCUUAAACUGAACAAAUUAAUAUAUUGAGUCAAGUAAUGUAGUUUCUUGAAAUUACAAUGAGAUUAAACGUUUCCUUUUUAUUAGUUUUUAACAUAUUAUUUCGUCCGUCCAUAUUCAUUUAUUAUUCCCUUGUAAAUAAUAAUUGAUAUAAUAAGCUUUUUACAUUCAGUCUCAAAACUCAGUAUAAGAUCGAAAACAAAUCACAGAAAUCUUUUAUUAUUUGAAUAAAAGAGUAUUUUUAUUUAAAAGUGAAAGUAAACAUUGUUUAGAAAAGCUCUAUCUAGCGAUAAUUUGACUGAAUGUAAUAUGAUAGUAAUAAUUUCCGUUAUGUAAUCUGUAUAUAUUGUUUUCAAAAGCAUACAGUGUAGUGUUACACCAAAGUAAAGAUUCAGCAAUACAGUUUUGAAGCAAUUUAUCGCCAAAGAUAUUGUGAAGUUUCUUGGGUAAACUAAUAAUAAAAAUAAUCAUCUGAUUUAGGAAAAUAAAUA